GAGAUGAGAGCUAGCUACCGUUAAAACCCGAAAGAAGGCGCCUUUACUUGCCCUUCACUUUAUCACUCUCUCUCUCUCUCUCUCUCUCUCUCUCUCUCUCUCUCUGUGUUGCUAUUUAGCAUUUACUUUUUGGUCAGGAAAAGAGAGAAAUAAAAGCAAAGCGAAGCUACCUCUUUGGGUUGAGAGAGAGAGAGAGAGAGAGACUUGAGUAUAAUGGCUGGAGAAUAUGGUUUAAAGGUGGCGGUGGCGAUUGUGGUUUUGGCCACUGUGCGCCUUGGAGGGAUUUGUGGGGUUGGAGCCCAACUGCACCAUGUCGUUGCAGGAGACCGUGGCUGGGACCCUUCUUCUGACCUCGCUUCUUGGUCCUCCGACAAAACUUUCAGGGUCGGAGACAACAGCUGGUUAGCCUACUCGGCAGCGCAUGGGUACAUAGCUGAAGUGAAGAGCAAGGAGGAAUUCGAGUCAUGCGAUGUCAGCAACCCAAUCAGGAUGUUCACGGACGGUUUGGAUAGCAUCUCUAUGGACCAGGAGGGACUCCGCUACUUCGCCAGCAGUAACGUGGAAAGCUGCAAGAAUGGGCUCAAGUUGCACGUGCAAGUCAUCCCUCAAUCUCAUCAAAACCCUGAAACGCCCAACCCCAAAAUAGCAAUAGCAGAACCAAAGAGCUCUCGGUUGGCUGCAGCUGCUGAGGGGCCCGCAACUCCUUCUGGCUCAACCCGCCUCACCGCUGCAAGUCUCAUUUUGUUAUCAUUUGGGUUGCUUUGUUAUGUAAUGGGUAUUUAGUAAGUAGUCAGACUUUAAGAUUAUGCGAGGGGUAUUUUGUUGUUCGCGUGUUGUAUUGUAUGAGCCACUGAAAAGAAGAGAAAAGAUUGCCAGCUUUGCUAUGUAUUAAUUCUAAUUUAGUAAGAGGUGAGGAUUGAUAUGAAUUUGGAUUUUUCCAUGUAUUA